AUGGCGCAAAAGUGCGUGCACAAGGGCUGUGGGAAGGUCUUCUCAGACCCAGACGAGCCAUGUGUCUACCAUCCGGGCCCGCCUGUGUUCCACGAAGGACAGAAAGGUUGGAAAUGUUGUUCCAAACGUGUCCUCACCUUCGACGAGUUUAUGAACAUUCCGCCAUGCACGACCGGCAAGCAUAGCACCGUAGACGACACACCAGCUGAAGAGCCGAAGAAGAUCAGCGAUGAGGAAGUAGAAGCGAAGAUCAAGGCCCAGCAAGAGAAGAAGGAACAGCUACCACCCGCCGUUGCGAGAGCGCCUCUAGCUGCGCAACCACCUCGAGCGUCGCCGAGCCCAGCACCACCAGAAGAAGAGGAAGAUGAUCCAAACACUCCUGUGCCGGAUGGAGCGGCAUGCAAGCGUAAGGCAUGUGGUGCGACCUACAAAGCAGGCCCGAACCGGGACGAAGAGAAAUGCACCCAUCAUCCUGGACAAGCGCUGUUCCACGAGGGAAGCAAGGGCUGGACCUGCUGUAAGCGGCGAGUGCUGGAGUUUGACGAGUUCAUGAAGAUACCAGGCUGCAAGACAACCACUCGUCAUCUGUUCGUGGGCAAGAAGAAGGACGCGAAUACUGAAGAGGACUUGAAGGAGGUACGGAACGAUUUCUACCAGACAGCCACGACUGUGAUCGCGUCGUUGUACCUCAAGAAGAUCGACAACAAUCGGUCGAAGGUCAUAUUUACCGACGAUGGCAAGAAGGUUGACCUGGACUUGGUCACCACCGACAAGAAGAGGUACCAGACAGCCAUGGAGCUGUUUGGGGCAAUCAAACCAGCAGACAGCAAGUUCAAGAUCAUGGGCACCAAGCUGGAGCUCACCUUGGCCAAGGCAGACUCAGCGGGCUGGCCGGUGUUGAGGGCAGACGAUCCUCACACAGGUGAAAUCAUCCAAGCUGGUAGGGCUGGCAGGGCGUAG